AUGGAGGAUCUACGUAAAUUAAAGAUAAAAAGGGGAAAUAUCAAGGGAUAUUUAACCAGGACCAAGUCCUUUUUAGACUCUAUUGAUUUAGAUUAUUUGACCGAAUUAAAUUUGAUACAAAUUAAGACAAGAUUAGAUAACGUUGAACCUCUUUUGUGUCAGUUUAACGAUGUUCAAUCUGACAUCGAAUGUCAAAUGACCUUGGAAUCGCAAAGUGAUGAGGAUUCUAGUAAAAUUUUUGAGGAAGAGUCUUUGAACAGAACUUCGGUAGUCAUUAAUAAUAACGCAGUUAGUACUCAUGACGCGCAAAAUGUGGUCCCAUCUAAACCCUCAAUAAAAUUACCUGAUCUGAAGUUGCCGGUUUUUAAUGGGUCGUAUGAAAAAUGGCUCGAAUUUAGAGAUGCGUUUCAAGCCAUUGUUCAUAAAAAUGUGCAUCUAUCGGACGUUGAAAAGUUCUUUUAUUUAAAAUCCUUUCUUGAAGGUGAACCUUUACAAGCCAUUGCUAAUUUGCAAGUUACGAAUGACAACUAUUCAAAUGCUUGGUCAAUAUUGUCAGAUAGAUCAUUAAAAAGUCUUGGGCAAGAAGUUGAUCAGUGGGACACAUUAAUCGUGUUUAUGCUGAUAAAUAAAUUUGAUUCUGUGACCCGUCGCGAAUGGGAAAGUUUUCCCAUAAAAGGUGAGUUGCCAGGAUUGGAAGAUGUUAAUAAGUUUUUAAAAGCAAAGUGCGAACUACUUGAGAAGUUGGAGGCUUCAAAACAGGAUGUAAAUAAAAUGAAACUGUGUAGUAAUUGUUUUAGUCCUGAUCAUACCCAAAAUAAUUGUCCUAAAUCUAAUAUUUGUCGUCAAUGUGGAGAAAAACAUAAUUCAUUAUUGCAUUUAAACAUCCAGUCUCCGGUUGCGCCCGUGCAUAGUAGGCCUUUCGUUUCGGUCAACUCCCCUCCGCCAGUAACGAACGGGAUCGAGAAUUCGACUCAUGAAAAUGCCGUAGCUUUGAGCGCCACAAUAGGGGAAGUCAACCACGUGGAUUCGAAUGUUAAGGCAACGUUGUCGCUUUUAGUAACAGCUAAAAUACGGGUUUUCGAUUCACGCGGAAAUAUUUUUAUAAUCAGAGCGUUGUUGGAUCCAGGGUCGCAAAGUAACUUUAUAUCGGAGAGUUUGGUUAGUAAAUUAGGUUUAAAGCGGCAAAAUGUUGAUUAUGAGAUUAGGGGUUUGGCUCAGGCAUUGUUAGCUACAUCGAGUUCUCGAGUAAACGUAACUAUUAUGUCGAAUAUUUGUGACGAUUUUAAAGAAAUAAUUCCUUGUUUAGUAAUUUCAAAAAUUACGCAAGAUUUGCCUUAUAUGUCUUUUAAUAUUUCUCAGUGGAAAAUUCCAGGGAAUAUAAGCUUGGCUGAUGAUACAUUUAAUGUACGGGGUAAUAUUGAUAUGUUGUUAGGUAAUGAUAUAUUUUAUAGAAUUCUACUUAUGAAUCAAAUUUGUAGCCCGGGCAUGCCUGUUCUUCAGAAUAGUAGGUUGGGAUGGAUUGUUGCAGGUAACUUUAAUCCAAAAUGUAUACCUGUUUCUGAGAAUAGAGUUUUGGCAUGUCAUUCUUUUGAGCAGAGUAUUGAUCAAAGCUUAACUAAAUUUUGGGAACUGGAGGAAUGCGAGUCAAAUAGUAAAGUUUUGUCGAAAUCUGAACAAGAUUGUGAAGAACAUUUUGUGAGCAGCUUCGCGCGCAAUUCCGAAGGUCGUUUCGUAGUUAAAUACCCCUUUAAAGAGAAUUUACAUCAGCUAGGUUUUUCAAAACAGAUGGCGUAUAAAAGAUUAAUUUAUUUAGAAAAAAGAUUACUUAAAGAUGAAGUUUUAAAAGAGGAUUAUAUAGCGUUUCUUAAUGAAUAUAGAGAUCUGGGACACAUGACUAAAGUUAAAAACUUUUCUAUCGACUCGAGUGAUUCGAAUAAAUAUUGCUAUUUACCACAUCAUGCUGUGGUUAAAGAGGGUAACUUAACGACCAAAGUCAGGGUUGUUUUUGAUGCUUCGGCUCAAACUGAUACGGGACUCUCUUUAAACGAUGUACAGCAUGUUGGUCCCACAAUUCAAAAUGAUUUAUUGGCUAUUCUUUUAAACUUCCGAAUUUAUCCUUUCGUGAUUAAUGCAGAUAUCACAAAAAUGUACCGACAGGUAUUAAUUGACCCUAGUCAACGUGGAUAUCAAAGAAUAUUAUGGAAAAAUAUUGGCGAUUUAUCCGCAGAAAUUGAAUGUUUUGAGCUUAAUACCGUCACUUACGGUUGUGCCUCCUCGCCAUUCUUAGCGGUCCGUUGCUUAUAUCAGUUGGGUUUGGAGUAUAAAGAUAAAUAUCCCAAAGCAAGUCAAGCGAUUAUGAAUUGCUUCUAUUUAGAUGAUUUAUUAGCUGGGGAGUUUUCGCAAGCUGCUCUAUUGCAACUUCAGCAUGAAAUUUCUUUUAUUCUCAAUACCGCGGGUUUUAAGCUUCGGAAGUGGCUUUCAAAUAAGUCUGAGCUGGUAUCACAAUUUGAAAUUGAUAAAAAUGAGUUUUCCAGCAUUUUACAAUUAGGUGAAGGCCAACAAAAUAAAACAUUGGGUUUAUUCUGGGAUGCCGCGCAGGACUCUAUUCAUUAUUCCAUAAUAAAUGGUGAUGUACCUAAAAGAAUAACAAAAAGAUUAAUUCUGUCUAUCACUAGUCAGAUAUUUGAUCCACUUGGAUUACUAGGUCCAAUUAUUGUAGUUGCAAAAUUAAUAUUGCAAACUCUUUGGCAGAAUCGCCUAUCAUGGGACGAGUCAGUUCCUCAAAGUCUAGCAGAAAGGUGGCUAGAGUUUUAUAAAGAUUUGCAAUUUCUAAGUCAGGUAAAUGUCCCUCGCUAUGUUUUGGCUGAUAAUUGGAAGAUUUUGCAAGUUCACGGUUUUGCAGAUGCAUCGGAAAAGGCUUACGGUGGUUGCGUAUAUUUGGUUUCAUUUUCAUCUACGGGCGAAUAUAUUUCUUCGCAUUUAAUAUUGGCUAAGUCUCGUGUGGCGCCAUUAAAGAAAAUUACCCUUCCGAGGUUGGAGCUUUGUGCCGCGGUUGUCACGGUUAAGUUGGUUGAGAAGGUCAGAAAUUCAAUAUGUGUGUCAAUUGACCAUUGUGUUUAUUGGACUGAUUCGUCAAUCGCAUUGUGCUGGAUUCAAGCUUGCCCCAGUAGGUGGAAAACUUUCGUAGCAAACCGGGUAACUGAAGUUCAGAAUUUAUCUAUCCCUGAAAAUUGGCACCAUAUUAGAUCAGAGAUGAAUCCAGCAGAUUGCCUUUCUAGAGGAACUUCCGCUGCUUAUUUGCUUUCCUUAGAGUUGUGGUGGAAAGGGCCUAUUGACAUAUUUUCUAGUCCACCUCCCGAUAUGCAAAAUCUAAUAGAACCUAAAUUUGAUAUACCAGAACAAAGGGUUUUGAGUCAUUAUGGAGGUGUAGAAGAGACAUUUGAAUUUGAUUUUUUAAGAUAUUCAGCUUUAUUAAAGUUACAGCGAAUUAUUUCGUAUUGUUUUCGGUUUUAUCAUCGUCUUAAGUCAAAGGUUAAGAAAAAUGGUCCCAUUAGUAGUGACGAGUUGAAUUGUGCUCUUAUUUGCUUGUUAAGGAUCUGUCAAUUACAAUCGUUUUCUAAAGAAUAUGUUGCUUUGAAAAGAAAGGAUCUGGUGUCAAAUUCAAGUCGUAUCUUAUGUUUGAAUCCUUUCUUGGAUAAUGAAGGCUUGAUAAGAGUUGGAGGACGCAUUCAAAGGGCAAACAUCUCUACGGAACAGAAACAUCCUAUUAUUUUGCAUCCUAAGCAUAUGUUGACUUCUUUAAUAUUAAGGCUGGAACAUGUAAAAUUACUUCAUUGCGGGCCUCAACAGCUCUUAUAUUCAAUUCGACAACGUUUUUGGCCAAUUUCUGGUCGAAGAAUUUGCAGAUCUAUAGUAAGGAGUUGUGUUGUAUGUUUCAAGGCAAAACCAAUUUCUCAAAACUAUUUGAUGGGCAGCUUACCUGAAAGUCGAUUAACCGCAUUCCAACCAGUGUUUACACAUACGGGCAUUGAUUAUGCUGGUCCUAUAUCCAUAAGAGAUAGGAAAACCAGAAAUCCGAAAAUUUUAAAGGCCUAUAUAUGUAUUUUUGUGUGUAUGAGUACCAAAUGCGUUCACUUGGAUGUGGUAACUGAUUUAACUACUUCAGCUUUUAUUGCGGUAUUAAAGCGUUUUAUUGCCAGACGUGGAAAACCUUUACAUAUCUAUUCGGACAACGGUUCAAAUUUUGUUGGAGCCAAUUCAGUACUUUUUGAUUUCCUAAGGUCAAAUUCCGACAAAAUAGGUUCAACUUUGUCCACGGAAAGUAUCUCUUGGCAUUUUAAUCCGCCUAGAGCUCCCAACUUCGGUGGGUUGGGGGAAGCCGGCGUAAAAGGGUUUAAGUUUCACUUAAAGCGGAUUAUGGGUGAUUCUAAAUUAUCUUAUGAGGACCUGAGUACAGUGAUAAUCCAAAUUGAAGGAGUGUUAAACUCCCGACCAAUAUCACCAUUAUCUACGGACCCGCAAGACCCCACUCCACUCACUCCUGGACAUUUUUUGGUGGGAAAACCCCUCACUGCUAUUCCGGAGCCAGUUUAUACCGAAGUUGCAGAGAAUCGUCUCAAUAAAUACCAAAGUCUUCAAGCUAUGAUCCAGCACUUCUGGAAGAGAUGGAGUUUGGAGUACAUAUCCGAGUUACAGUCACGUCUCAAAUGGAAGAAGUCCUAUGUAACUUUGUUAAAGGUCGGCAGUCUAGUGAUCGUCAAAAAAGACAAUGUUCCAGUUUGCAAAUGGAAGGUUGGACGUGUCCUUGAACUUCAUCCAGGUCCAGAUAAUAUCACGCGUGUUGUGACUUUGAAAUGUGCUGAUGGUUCAGUGUAUAAACGUGCAAUCUCUAAAAUUUGUGUAUUGCCAGUAGAAUAA